AUGGGGGAAGGGACACCAGGCGUGGAUUCAGCUACAGUCCAGGAGCGGGGCAGGAUAGAUCAGAGUCUGGGACUUGCGGAAGGGGGAAUACAGUUUGGGAGAAUCGUGACUGCUGGCCAACUGUCAUUGUGUUCUGAGGAACAGAGUCUUCAGCCUGGUAUAACCAGGCCCUCACUUGGGGUGGUGGUGGAUGGGGAGAUCUCAGGACCGGCAGAAGCAAGGGUGGAAACCAGCCCCCAGCCUCUGUCCAGCAGCCCAAAGAGGAAGAGGGACUUGUCAUCAGAUUCUGAGGAUGACCUGGCAGAGCUACUUGAACCAGACCCCCAGCCGGUGUGGUCAGUGGAGACGCUGUGCGGACUCAGGAUGAGGCUCAAGAGGCGGCGUGUGUCUACAGUGCGGCCUGAACACCACAAGGUCUUCGCCAGACUUCUGGAGGAUCCCGUGGUGAAAAAGUUCCUGAACUGGGACAAGAUGCUGAGGGUGUCAGACAAGUACCUCCUGUCUAUGGUCAUAGCUUAUUUCAGCCGUGCUGGGCUCUUCUCCUGGCAGUAUAGGCCAAUCCACUUCUUCCUGGCUCUGUACCUGGCCAAUGACAUGGAGGAGGACAACCAGGGCCCCAAGCAAGACAUUUUUUACUUCCUCUAUGGGAAGAGCUACGCCCAGCGCCCCAUGUUCCACAAACUACGCUUCCAGUUCAUUCGGUCCAUGGGCUGGAGGAUCUGGGUUUCCCGGGAGGAGUGUGAAGAGAUCCAAGCUUAUAACCCAGACCUCUGGGUGUGGGCACGAGAUCGCACCAACCUGACCUAG